UUCAGCAGCAGAAACACACACACGCUCUCUCUCAGACGCACACACACGGAGAGUGAUGGAGUCCAGCAGCGGGCGCUUCUCUCUCCUCGCGCCGCACGCAGCGCUCUUCCUGCGGCCGGAGGACAGGAGUUUCCCGCGCAGCCCGAAGUGCGCGCGCUGCAGGAAUCACGGGGUGGUCUCGGCUCUAAAGGGCCACAAACGCUUCUGCCGUUGGCGCGACUGCGCGUGCGUCAAGUGCGCGUUGAUCGCGGAGAGGCAGCGCGUGAUGGCGGCGCAGGUGGCGCUUCGGAGGCAGCAGGCGCAGGAGGAGCUGCAGAUGAUGUACCCCGGAGCAGGAGCGAGUGAGGGCGGCAGGAGCGUCUCCAGAGCACCGCUGAGCUCCGCGUUUGACGCCUUCGCUCCGGACGCGUUCAGAGACGAGAAAAGCCUGAACAAGUGCAGUGUGUUGAGCGGACUGAUGAAUCAGGCUUGGUUCAGACCACACACACCUGCGCUGACCCCUGCGUCAGACAAGAGCGACCGCGGGUCUCCGGGAUCCGAUCAUCAGUCGGUGAGCUCCUCCGAUCUGGAGUCCGGCAGUGAGUCAGAGAAACCCAAAGAAGAGCUUCCCAUCAGGAGCGGACGAGACCCCGGCGCUGUCCUGAUGAAGAUCUUCCCUCACCUCAAACCAGACGCUCUGGAGGCGGCGCUGAAGACCUGUUCGGGGGACGUGGUGAGGGCCAUCGACCUGCUGCUGGGUUCUCCGGAGGGACAGAUCUCAAACGGAGACGUUGUCCCGCUGUCGGAGAACCUCCCCGUCUCACGGUCGUCUGCCGUCUGCGUCUCAGAAGCUCCACGAAGACACUUGAGCUCCACGUCUGCGUUCUCUCCCCUCCACGCUUCCUCCAGCUGCUUCAGUGACGGCGUGCUGGGGUUUAACCCUCGCUUUGCCAUCGCUCCGCUGCGGCUCGCCUAUUCCACACCCAGCUUCAUUCCUCCGUAUCUGGCGUCUGGAUUUGUCCCGGCGAUGUCCCUGCGUCCCCCGGCAGACUAUCCCUUCCCCGGAGCGCUGUCUCACCCCAGAGACUCGUUCAGCCCCGCAGUGUUUUACUCCAGCCUCGGCCACGACAAAUGAUCUCUUCUUCAUUAAACUACAGCGUACAACAG